AAAACAUGUUCUUUUUCUUUAUCUACCUUCUCUCAGAAUCUCUUUCUACGUCAGGCUGUGGUGUGGCCAUGUUGACGGCGCCUGGCGGAUAUGCUCUGUCUCCUUGAGUGGGAAAACGUCUCGGAGCUGCGCGGAGCUCGUGAUGGAGAAGAGGCGAGGUGAAGCUGCCAGCUAUAUCGCCAGCAUAAUCGCUGAUACUUGAUUACACUAUCACUCGCAAACAACCGACAAGAAGCAAACGUUACAAGUGAUCGACCCUUGAAAUAACCAGCCACGUCCAUGUAUACUCUCCAUGGAUAAGGAAGUGGGACUGUCUCGGUCAAUUCUCUUUGCUCGGUUAAGUAACCGCGUAUCAAGCUCAUUACCCCGUCGUAUAAAUCAAGCUACCCUCAGCUCGGGAGAAAAUCGGACUCCCCAACUAGUUCUAAUAACCGAUUCAUAACGUCACAUGGCCAACCGGCUGUUAAGUAUCAUCAAAAGCUGCGGUGCAACAAAGGGACUGCUCUUGCCAUUGGACUUUGAUAUUGCCAAGAUGCGAUCCUCCGCCAUUAUUGCCGCCGCCCUUGUGGCGCCCGUUGCGGCAGUCUCGUCGUAUGCGGAGAGCCUUUCCAAGAAUGCGCAAUCCCUCUUCACUGAAGGGAUGAGCUGGAUGGACAAUUACUACGACAAGAACGCGGGUUACCUAUACGACUUUUCGAAUUCGGCUGCCUUGCGAUAUGAAACACGUAGCUCUGCGUGGUAUGCCUUUGGUCUUCUUGCCCGCAACGCCAAUGACGAUGUGCUCGAGGCAGAGAAGGUCAUUACCAACAUUAUCAAAGGCCAAUAUAAGGACCCAAAGGAUGAGUGGUAUGGUGAUUAUCAACAGCAACCAGGGGAACCCGUGGUCGGGAGCCAAUACUAUCCCGCUACCAUAUACGGCAGCUGGGAUCCCAACUGGAGGGGCUUUGUCGGCACAACAUUGAUCAUGUGUCUCGAAGAAUUCUCCGACUUGAUCAGUGAUCCUACCAAGGAUUUGAUGCUCGCUUCUCUUCGGAACGCCACCAAGGGGGAUGAGUACAGAUUUGGAAACCUUGAUCCAAAGAAGGACAACCUCUACCCCGCCUACAGCAACCCGUCGAUUAUGAGAGCCUUCAUGUCUGGCUGGACAGGUCGGAAAUUGAACGAGGAGAACAUGACCCGGAGCGGUGAAAUGUAUGCAAAUGAGAUUAUCGAUCUUUUCAACAGGGCCGACACCCUCUCGGAGUUUAACAGCGGAACUUACACCGGUGUUUCUAUUUACGGGCUGUUGCUCUGGACCAAAUACAUUCGCGCCGAGAACUCAACUAUGGCCAUCAACGGACCCAGGAUGCUGAAAAGUACCUGGAAUGCGGUCUCUCAGCUGUACCAGCCCAACUUUAGAACUGGAGCUGGUCCGUGGGACCGUGCUUACGGCUAUGACGAGAACCGCUAUCUUUCGCUCAUGUCACUCUGGAUCUGGACUCUGGUUGGAAAGGAGUCGAGUUCUUUGGCUGGCAAGCCCGCAUCUAUCAUGUCACAUUCGGCCGACUUCGCCUGGGCCCCUCUGUUUGCAGCUCUGGCCGAGACAAACGAAAAGCUCAUCAGUGACGACGUCAAGAAGAGCUUGACAACCUUCAUUGGGGAGCAUACUUUUACUGCCUCGGCAUACUCACCUCCUUUUGACCUGGUUCCCCGAAACAUUACGACUUGGAUGUCAGACAUGGUGACCAUUGGUGCCGAAUCAUUUGACGAGAUCGUUGUCGGAGGGCCUGCACGGUCUCGAGAGGCGUUCAACCCGGCAGUGAUUCAGUGGAAUUCCGGAGACGAGAUCUCAUUCAUCACUCUCUGGCCCACCGAGUUCGCCCUGGAUGCUGAAGUCAGUCCCGGCAAGCUAAGCUUGUCAUAUCCUCGCGGUGACGCUGCUUCGCAGUUCAGCUUCCUAGUUGGUACACACAAGCGUAGGGUUAACAUCAACGGCUGGGAAGACCUCAUCGGGCUGAAGGUCAAUGUUUCGGGCACUGUCAAUACGACACAUACUCUUCAAUUCGCAGGAGCCUAUGGAGGCGCUCUUUCGACAGUACGAGACUUUGAGUUCUGGAACUUUACUUACUACAUGCCAACUGAAGAUGCUCAGGUUAUUCCAAACAUUGUGCUGGAUGUUGCAGCCGUUUGAGAUGGGUGGGAUUACUGUGGCGUCUCUUGUGGCCCUGAG